GGGAUGUACAAAUACCUGGAGAGAUGUUUCUCAGACUUCAAGCAGAGAGGCGUUGUCGUCGGGUAUGAUACCCGGGGGCAAGUAACUAGCAGCUGCAGCAGCCAGAGGCUUGCUAAACUCACUGCUGCAGUCUUAUUGGCUAAAGAUGUUCCUGUGUACCUUUUUUCAAGAUAUGUUCCUACACCUUUUGUACCAUAUGCAGUCCAGAAGCUCAAAGCAGUUGCAGGUGUGAUGAUUACAGCAUCUCACAACCGCAAAGAAGAUAACGGAUACAAG